AUGUCCAAUGCCUUCUGCGACUUCCCAGUGCGGAACCUCCACUCUCGCGCGGAGGGGACGCUUGGUUUCUGCGGUUGCUGCGCCCUCCUAUGGGGAUAUCUGUUACCCACGUUGGCGGUCCUGAUCAUCCUUGCCUUUGUAGUCGGACAAGUGCAGUUUUUUGUUACAUUGAUGAUCCAUUAUCCGGACGCACUUCGCAUCACCUUGGGCCUAAGUUUCCUCCUGAUCUACCUUUUGUUGGUGGGGCUUGCGCUUUGGUCGUUUCUGUUGGUCGUGGGGACAUCGCCGGGGUAUGUUUUGCCGACACCUUGGCGGGAUCCCCCGCGAUAUGAACCCCGGCCUCGGCUUCGGUGCCCACUCGGCGGGGAGGCCCCUACAAACGAAAAUAACCCCACAGCGGCAGAGGCGGUGGGGGAGGCUUUUUACCCUCCGCCUUUGCUUGUCCAUUCUUUUCCUUCUCCUCCUUUUUCUUCUUCCACGACAGAAGGGGGGUUUGUGGUCUCGGUUCUUGAUCACCGCACCGGGGCACUUCGCUAUUGCGCGCGCUGUGAGUUAUACAUGCCCGACUUCGCCCACCACUGCCGGAUCUGCCAGCGGUGCGUUUAUCGUAUGGAUCAUCACUGUCCGUGGGUGAAUAACUGCAUCGGGAGAAACAACUACAAACUGUUCGUUCUCUUUAUUUUUUAUUUAUCCACGAUGUGGUUGACCUCGAUGAUGGAGGUGGCAAUUGGGAUUUUUCUGCUCGAUCCUGCGAACAUCAUAGGGAAGGUAUGGUGGUGGUUCGCGUUGUUGGUGUUAUCUGGGAUUCUAGGCUUUUCUUUUUUGAUGUUUUACCUACAGCAUGUAAACGGUGUGCGGCGGGGGAGGGGCACAAUGGACGCCGCGAUUCGACGGAGGCAGAAACGCAGCGAGAGACGCGCACAUGACUUUUCUGGGGACCCUUCUGACGCCACGACUUGCCUCGCGGAGACUUUAGAGAGGAAGGAAAAUGAAAAGUUACGUCUCGCGGAGUAUAAGUGCGCGCUCUUUGGCGAAGAGAAGAGAUUUUGGCGGAGGUGGCUACCCUUUCCCAUUCGCACCGAUAAUAACGCAAAUGAGUUUGUGUAA